AUGUCAAUUCGCACUCUCAGAAUCGGCCUCAUCCCCGGUGACGGCAUCGGCAAGGAAGUCAUCCCCGCCGGCCGCCGCAUCCUCGAGGCCCUCCCCGCCUCGCUCAAGCUCAAGUUCGACUUUGUCGACCUCAAGGCCGGCUUCGAGGCCUUUGAGCAGACCGGCUCGGCGCUGCCCGAGGCCACCGUCGAUGUGCUGCGCAACGAGUGCCAGGGCGCCCUCUUCGGCGCCGUCAGCUCGCCCACCCACGCCGUCAAGGGCUACUCGUCGCCCAUUGUCGCCCUGCGCAAGCGCCUCGACCUCUACGCCAACGUGCGCCCCGUCAAGACCGUCAUGACCGCCAAGAAGCCCAUCGACAUGGUCAUUGUGCGCGAGAACACCGAGGACCUGUACGUCAAGCAGGAGACGACGCGCGACACCCCCGACGGCAAGGUUGCCGAGGCCAUCAAGCGCAUCUCCGAGAAGGCCUCGUUCCGCAUUGCCGCCAUGGCCGGCGACAUUGCGCUGCGCCGCCAGAAGAUCCGCGAGUCCACCCCCAGCAUCCACAGCAAGCCCCUCGUCACAAUCACCCACAAGUCCAACGUCCUGUCGCAGACCGACGGCCUGUUCCGCACCGCCUCCAAGCAGGCCCUGUCCGACCCCAAGUACGCCUCCGUCGCCAUUGAAGAGCAAAUCGUCGACUCCAUGGUCUACAAGCUGUUCCGCCAACCCGAAGACUACGACGUCAUCGUUGCCCCCAACCUGUACGGCGAUAUCCUCUCCGACGGCGCUGCCGCCCUUGUUGGCAGUCUCGGCCUCGUUCCCAGCGCCAACGUCGGCGAGGGCUUUGCCAUUGGUGAGCCUUGCCACGGCAGCGCUCCUGACAUCCAGGGCAAGAACAUUGCCAACCCCAUCGCCACUCUGCGAAGCGCUGCCCUGAUGCUUGAGUUCCUUGAGGAGCCCGAGGCUGCUGCCAAGAUUUACGCUGCUGUUGAUGCCAACUUGGAGGAGGGCAAGCUGCUGAGCCCUGACUUGGGUGGAAAGGCCACCACUGAUGAGGUUGUUGAGGAUAUCCUGAGACGCCUAUAAACGGUGUCGCUUACUAGAAACAACAAUCAAUAAAGUAAAAAUUGGCGUGCAAAUGCAGAAUGCUAUUAUUACGUCUCUUAAAAGUUUUGAUUGAGUAGCAUUAAUGGUAAAAUCACCGGGGUGUAUACCUGGACUGAGAAGAAAUAAAGCAAUCUUGAAUAAAAGAAAUAAAGUAAAGCCAUAUUGAUAGAAGAGAUUCUCUUAGUGGCCGACCAAGCAAAUUUGGCUAUCCAGCCUGUAAAUAGUCACCCCAAUAGUUUCCAACGAGACGGUAGAAAAGAAAAUUACCAUAUUAU